UGCUAGCUCAUCUCAUUGUGUUUAAUAGGAGGAGACAAGGGGAAAUCAGCAAGAUGACUCUUGAUGACUACAAUAAAAUCAAGAAAGGUGAAUCUCAUAUGGUGGAAGGACAACUAGAGAUGCUGAAAGACUGGGAAAAAAAUCUUGUAAAGUUUCUCUGGAGAGUUGAGGUAGUAGGAAAACGUGGCAGGACAGUGCCGAUCCUUGUGACAGACUCCAUGAAAUCAUGUGUAGACACCCUUGUAUCCCACAGGGAGGAAGCAGGUGUAAACCCAAGCAACAAAUACCUGUUCGCUGUAGCCAAUAGUGACACUACAUCUCAUGUUCGAGGGUCAGAUGCUCUCCGUGAGCUGUCAGAAGCAUGUGGAGCACAAAAUCCUUCAACACUUCGAUCCACAAAAUUACGGAAGCAUGUAGCUACCAUGUCACAACUAAUGAGCUUGAGGGACCAUGAGAUGGACGCCUUAGCAAACUUCAUGGGCCACGAUAUUAGGAUACAUAGGGAGUAUUAUAGACUGCCAGAUGCUGCUAUGCAGGUGGCCAAAAUAUCAAAGAUCCUGUUCGCCAUGGAGGGAAAAGCUGGGAACCCGGUCCAGCUGAUUGGCACUGCAAAAAGUCUGGAUGAGCUUCAAAUCAAGUUAGAUGAAGAGAUCGACACUGGAGAACAGGGACCUGAAUCAUGUGAUGACAAUUGUGACAGCGAUGUUGAUUCUGGUGAUCAUGAUGUCGAACGUCAGCUACCUGGAUGCUCCCAAAAAGGUACCAAAAGGCAAAGGAAAACGCAACAUGUACUGGAAGAGGUUGAUGAACAGCCAAUAAGGAAGAAACGAAAGACAGCAUGGAGCGAUGCGGAAAAGUCGGCUGUCCAGAGACGUUUAGGAGCCUUUAUGACUGUUCAUUCUAAGCUACCUGGCAAGAGAGUGAUAGACGAAUGCUUGAAAGCUGAAGCUGUGCUGAAACACAGAACGUGGGUCAACAUCAAAGACUACGUAAGAAACUCGAAGGUUACCAAAAGCAGAAAAACACAGCCUUGGUAAAAACAUUCCCUUUAAUAUCAAAUCACCAUUUUUAUAUUGAAUACACACAUGCUUUUGUUUUGAGUCACCAAACUGCUGAAAAUGCUCAUAAAUUACAAGGCAUGUUCUUGUUAUUACAGUCUAAAAUGUGUAUUCUUUUAUAUUUGGUUUCUCCAUGUAUUCAUAAAAUGUUUACCCACUCUACUGGCAAAGGAUUUGUUAUUUUGAGGUUUUAUUAUCAUUUUUGUAGGCAUCCGGCAAUUUGUAAUUGUGUUAGGGUCUUAGUGGACCUAUGCUUGGCCACUCCCAGAUAUCAAUGACAGGGAGCAUAUCGUUUAGGCAACAUGUACUGAUUACAAUGAGAAUUUUGCAGCAUGAGUUGGAAAUAUCCUAUUUGAACAAGAAAAAAACCCAUAGAUUUUUUAACGAAAUAAAUCAGUGGAAGUUGUAAUCAAACAGUCAAGUAUUUGUAUUUACAUACCAUAAUGGCAGCAUAAGAAGGCAGUAGGGGAAUUGACUAGUGUAAUGCUUGUACAUUUGUGACACAAUUAAAACUUAAACAACAUUUAUUAUGAGAACACGUUCAGUAUAGUGUAUUAAUAUCAUCAUCAAGGGAGAGUGCCCUUAUUAUGUGUAAAGGGUGCCCCUUUUCAUUUUGGACAGAACUUGUGUUGUUUCUGAUAUUAUUAUGGGGUUGUACUAAACACUCGGGUCGCGGCGCGCUGAAAAACACUCGGGUCACGGCUCGUUUGGCCAUCUUUUUUUAAGUGUCUUCAAAUCGGCUUUUUAAUAUAAGGGGGAAAUCUUAUUUCAAAUUAGCGACUGUUUUUACACUCGGGUCGCGGCUCGCUGGGCCAUUUUUUCAAUGAUGUCUUCAAAGGGGAUGCGUGGGGAAAUUUACUUUAAAAACGAA